AUGUCUCAAAAUUCAGGACCAUUUCUUGUUUCUUCUCAUGGACACCCAGCAUACAAUCCACGAUUACCAUCAUCAUCAUCAUCUUCAUCUUCAAAGCGAAUAGGUAAUAGUCCUAUAUCUACUAGUCAUUCAUCGAGUACAUCUACUGGUUCAAAUAUGAAUAUUCCAUCUAUACAUCCAACAAUGCGAUCAAAUAAUUCGAUGGGAUCUAUGAAAUCAAGUCCUAUUAAUAUGAAUCCAUUGGAUAAAUCAAAUUCAUUACCAUAUUCAUCACGCUAUAAUACACGUAAAACUUGGUCUAUGCCACGCAAUUUUCAUGACAAAAAUACUCGUACUCAUGAUGAACAUGAAUCUUCAUAUCAUCGUCCUGGUUUAGUAACUCAUAAUAUUCCAUCCGAUAGUAUUAACAAAACGUCAUUUACAAUUGAACCAUCAAUAGAUGAUAAUGAUGAAGCAGAUGAGAUUUAUUUUUCUUCACGACAUAUAGCGGCUGCACGUUUUCAACGUAAUCAACGUUGUAUACAUGAAAUAUUUAAUCAAGUAUGCAUACCAGAUUUACGAUCAAAUGUUAGCGUUGAUCGUAUAUUAACAUUACGUCGCCAAGUUAAUGCAUUGAAGACUCAUCGUGAAACAUUUGAAAAAGAUUUAAAUGAUUUAGAAGAAAAACAUUUAGAUAAAAAACGAAAAUUUCAAGAGUUAAAUGAAAAAUUUUAUAAUGAAUAUACUGAAGCAUCAUCAACAAAUUUGACUGAAGAAAAAAUGAAUGAAAUAUUACAAAAAUAUGAAGCAAUGGAAAAACAACAAAAAGAAAAACAAUUAGUUUUACAACAACAGUUACAAUCGCAACCGCAACUACCAGAAACUGUUGCAUCAGUAGCACAGACACAACCUUUACUUUCAACAAUAACAGUAUCACAACCAACUACACCAGUAUUAACAAAAACCGAAUCUACACCUGCUGUAGAAACUUCAGAACAGCAGACAUCAGCAUUAUUGUCUACUGAGCACACUCAGUUACCAUCGUCAGAAACUGUAUCAACCUCCAUACCUUCUUCUCAUCCUAUAUCAAAUCCAUUACCAGCUUCUCAAGCUAUUUCUACUCAAUUACCAACAACACAACCUAUACAAUCUCAAACACCACCUUCACAACCUCAAUUUUCACCGAAACCAUCUGCAAUGCAGCAAACUCCACUAUCAACUCAUCCGCAACAAUCAACACCAACAUCUCAAGGUUAUCCAAUGAUGCAUCCAGGAAGUGGUUAUGUAUCAGCACCUGGUUAUGGUCAUUCUCAACAAGUUCAAUAUCGACCACCAAUGCAUCAACGAUCAGCACAAUAUUCAUCUAAUGUACCAUGGCAACAACAACAACAACAAUGGCAAACGAACACAUACGAUCCUCGUUAUUACAAUUCAUAUCCUCCUAAUGUUCCAUGGUCUCAACAACAGCAACAACAAUGGCAAACUAAUCAACAUCAACAACAAAUGGGGAUGGCUUCGCAAAUGCGUGGUUCUCAUCAUCAUCAACAACAACCACAAAUGCAUCCUCAUUAUGGAUAUAGUGGUACAACUCCAACAUGGAAUUCUGGAGCACAUCCAUCUCAACAAUAUGGUUAUCCACAAAAUUCAUCGUAUGAUCCUUCACUUGUAUCGGCACAUCCACAACAACAACAAUAUUAUUCACCAUCUCAAAGUCAUAAUCCGUCACAAAGUUAUGAGUAUGGUCCACCACCUCAACAACCACCACAACAGAUAAACUGA